GAGAGGAGGCACACAAAGUAAGGAUUGUACACUUAGGGACAAAGAGGGAAAAGUAGAAGACAGUCUAUCAUUGGGGGAAUAUAACAACAAAGAAAGGACCAACUAUUCUAUAACUUGUGAACUGAUAUGGAGCCAGAGAAGAAGAUGCAGACACAAGUGGAGCUCACAGACAGUGAUCUGUCUGAGCAGAUUAAAGCUGUAACCAAGGACAGCCAUGUCAGAGCAGAGAACACUGAGCUGAUGCUGGCCUACCAGAGAGGAAACGUCAGUCUGACACAGUACAAGCUUCUCCUGUGCUCCCUCUAUGAGAUCUAUCAAGCACUAGAGGAAGCUCUGGACAACAACUCCAACCACCCGAGUGUCGCGCCUAUAUACUUCCCCCUGGAACUAGCACGGCUGGAGUCAGUGGAGAGAGACCUGGAGCAUUUCUAUGGGCAGGACUGGAGAGAGAAGAUUGUUGUACCGGCUGCCACUAAAAUAUAUGCCCAUAGACUCAGACAGAUCGGCAAAGACAACCCUGAGUACCUAGUGGCCCACGCAUACACCCGCUACCUCGGCGAUCUAUCUGGCGGACAAGUCCUUGGCCGCAUUACCCAGAAGUCUCUGGGGCUGAAGGGUGGCGAGGGUCUGUCGUUCUUUUCCUUCCCGGGCGUGAGCAGCCCCAACCUGUUCAAACAGCUGUACAGGAGUAGAAUGAACAGCAUAGAGCUGGAGGAGGAGGAGAGGAAAGGAAUGUUGGAGGAGGCUGUCAGAGCCUUCGAGUUGAACAUCCAGGUCUUUGACGAUCUUCAGAAGAUGGUGUCUGUGACAGACAGGGAAAGUGAGCUCAUGCAUACGACAACCAGAAAUAGAUGCACAAGACACACGUCGACACACUCCAAACUGGCUGAUGGAGAGAAACUGACGGCUAGAUCCCUUCAGAUCCAGACCAGUCUGGUCAACGCAUCACCCCUCUUCAGAAUGGUGCUGGGGAUCUGUGUAGCCCUGGCAACGGUUGGCAUGGGAAUCUAUGCUUUCUAAAGUUGUAAAGAAGUGUUUUCAGCAAAGUAGUAUCCGUCCAUAACAGAAGAUUACCCUAGACCUAGAUGAUGUUGGGAGUAUUUUUGUACUUUAAAGACCUUAAAGAUGAUGAAGGACCCCAUAUUUUAUAAUGUUGUUGAUCCUAAAGAGUUUUAAAAUGUGUUAAAAAAACGAAAUAUUGUACAUAAGUAAGUAAUAAGUUAGUAAUAUAAAUUCUUAUAGUUCCUGUGUUGUAUGUAGCCACAUUAAACUAUGAGUUAAACUAUGA